UCUCCUUUUAAACUCAUACAAACCACAAAGACAAAACUCUCAAGAUAUCAAAUACCAUAUAAAGAGAAAGACCCAAAUUUUUGCUUCUUUCUAAACUCUAUACUCUAUACCCUUUUGGAUAUACAAGGAUUUCCCAAGAGGUUUUUUUUUGCUUUUAUUAUAUAUACUCAGUUGGGUUUAACUUCAGUUGAAAGUUCAUACCUUUUUCAUAGUUUUUGUGUGUUUUUUUGGGUUUUUUUUUUCCCUCUCAUCUGGGAUUCUUAAAAUUUGUCAAUUUGUAACUUUUUUAUAUUUUCUUCUUUGGAGGAAAGCAUUAAGAAACACUUUGUUUUCUGGUCAGUCAUGAAUAACAUUCCUGAUUGGAAUUUUGAUUGUGAUCUCCCUGUGAAUGGCCAAAAGAAUCCUAAUGGGGCUGACCAUGACUUAGUAGAGCUUCUAUGGAGAAAUGGGCAAGUAGUUUUACAAAGCCAGACACACAGAAAAGCAAGUGUUGGAGCUAAUGAAUCAAGACAAGUUCAAAAACAUGACCAACAAGCUAUAAGGAAUGGUGGGCCAUAUGGGAAUUCAAUGAAUAUGGUUCAAGAUGAUGAUGCAGUGCCAUGGAUUCAUUACCCUCUUGAAGAUGCAUUUGAGAAAGAUUUUUGUUCAAAUUUUUUCUCUGAACUAUCUUCAUGUGAUCCAAUUGAAAUUGAUAAACCAAUCAGACAUGUUGAUGAAGAGAGGUUAUUGUCAAAGUUUGGUGGUUCUGAUACAACUCAUGUUCCCUCAAACUCCCAACACCAAAACCACCAAAAACUCAAGCCUUCCUCUAAUGGUGUGGUGCCUUGUCCUGAAAAUCAUAACAUGCCUCCACCAAGGCACAAUUACAGCAACUCAUCAGUUCAUCAAAAACAAAAUCUGGGGUCCUUAGGAAAAGUGGUCAAUUUCUCUCAAUUCUCAGCUAUGGGCAAGUGUGAUAUGAGGCCACAACAACAACAACAGGCAGUGAAAGAACCCGGAAACCGAGGAGAGGUCAGAGAGUGUUCAGCAAUGACAGUUGGGUUAAGUCACUGUGGAAGCAACCAACUUGCUGCAGCUGACCUUGAUGUGAGUUGGGUUUCAAGCAACAAUGGUGAUGGGAACAAUGGUUUAUCUGCAGGAGCUUUUAAGGAUGAUGUUCAGAAAAUCUUGCCUAGGACUAGGACUAGUGAGAGUGGGAAGGCUGAGACUCUUGAGCCAACUCUUACUUCAUCUUCUGGUGGAUCUGGAAGCAGUUUUGGAAGAACUUGCAAGCAAUCUACUGCUACAACCAGUGCCAAUAACAAUAACAAUAACAAAAGAAAGAAUAGAGAUGCAGAGGAAAUAGAGUGCCAAAGUGAUGCUGCUGAACAUGAAUCUGCUGCUGCAAAUAAAUCUUCCCAACGAUCUGGUUCAUCCCGAAAGAGCAGAGCUGCUGAAGUUCAUAAUCUUUCAGAAAGGAGACGUAGAGAUCGAAUAAAUGAGAAGAUGAAGGCGCUACAAGAGCUCAUACCUCAUAGUAACAAGACAGAUAAAGCAUCAAUGUUGGAUGAAGCUAUUGAAUACUUGAAGUCACUUCAAUUACAACUCCAAGUAAUGUGGAUGGGAAGUGGCAUGGCACCAAUGAUGUUUCCAGGAGUACAGCACUACAUGUCGCGGUUGGGCAUGGCAAUGGGUCCACCUUCCUUGCCUUCCAUUCACAACCCAAUGCAUUUGCCAAGGGUCCCAGUGGUUGAUCAAUCCAUGAUUGGGCCUCAAACUACAGACCAAUCUGUUUUGUGUCAAACCCCAGCUUUUAACCCCAUCAAUUACCAAAACCAGAUGCAAAACGCCUCUUUUCAAGAGCAAUACGCACGUUACAUGGGGUUCCAUCCUAUGCAAACUGUUUCUCAGCCUAUGAACUUGUUCAGAUUUAAUCCACAAACAUUACAACAGACUCAAUCAAUAGCACAGCAGCAGGGGAUUAAUACUGCACCUUCAAAUUCUGGAAUUCCAACUAAUGGAGCUUUAACUGGCAAGAUGGGUUGAUGAGUAAGUCUAUCAAGAAGCUUAUCCGAUUCCAAUGGUCCCUCCCAACCAACAAAAAAAAGCUAUUUUUGCUAGAAUUCUUUGCAAGAUGGAGAAAAUUACUUCAAAGGGUAUAAUGGUCUGAUCUUGCUUGCUCAAUAAUUAGCCUGAUAUUUCCUGAUAAAGGGUCUCCUUUUUUUAUUUUGAUAUAUUUUUUUUCUUCUUGAUCUUACUAUGUAUAUGUCUCUAAAGCAACUUGUAAAAGAGUGAUUAGAACAAAGAAAUCUCUUCCAUUCAGUACUGAAAUUGCUCUAUAAAUCAAUGAUCAGAUGACAUAUCACAACUCAA